GAUCUAAUUCGUGUCUUUCCUCCAGCCCCAGCAGACAGCGCUGUCCUUCGCAGCACAUGAAGCUGUUGACGAGCUAGCCGUGCAGAGGAGGUCCACUAAUGCGAUCCCUUUCGUCGUGGAACGGAAUUUUGUUUCAGUCAGUGCGAUCCAUCUUACCAUCUUCUGCAUCGCGUGAUUGACAAUCAUGGCCGUUGACAUCGCACACGGCGGGAUUCUCGUUCCCUGUCGAAAUCUACUCUCGCCAUCGCAAUCCCCAAUGUCUAGCUCGUCAGCAGCACCGCAUGUUCAUUCCCCCGCACCGAUCAGAGCCUUCAGUCAACCCCCGCUAUUGUCACCAUGCGUCGGAAUCACAUCAUCCAGAACGCUCUGGCAUCAGCUCUCAGCGGGCAAACAUCCCCUCGGACGCCGGAGAAACUCGUCCUUGACAAUUUCCGAAGCUUCUCAAAAAGUCUCGCCGACCUCACCAACCGCAGCGCUCUUCUCCCAGCAAAUCGACGAUCCAUAUUUCAGCCUGCUCCCCAUCGCACGGCCGGAAUUGCACCAGCUAGGCGAGUGCUUCGCGUGCGCCCCUCCUGCCAGACCGCGCCGCCAGCCCCUUAAAGGCGUCAUCACCUUUUUCGGAGGCGCUUUCCUAGGCGCGUCUCCAGACGUGUUCUACAGCUACUUCCUAGACCUUCUUUCUAAGGGCGGGUACCUGGUCGUGGCUGUGCCUAAUCCAAUCACAUUCGACCACGUGGCAGCAGCUGCCAACCUGCACGCCCGUGCCACGUCAGCACUCGACCUGCUCCAGCUGUACGGGCUGUCCUCAGCAGGAAUCUCUGCUGCUGACGUGGAGGGCCUACCAGUCUACAGCGUGGGACACAGCAACGGCGCGCUCAUGCAGCUGCUGAUGGGCAGUCUCUCCACCACCAGCAGAGACAGACUGCCAGAGGCCAGCGUGAUCAUAGCGUUCAACAACCGCCCAGCGUCCUUUGCUGUGCCGUACUUCGAACAGGUGGGCCCAGCAGUGGUUCAGCUUGCUCCAGCCAUCGAGGCGUUUCCCCUCACCGGCAUUGCUCUCAGUGUUGCAGAGCAAGCCCUGGAAACCCUCCAGCGCAGUAGCAUUCCUCUGCCUCCCGGUGUUGUGAGGAACGACCUUGAGCCGCUUUCCCGGUUCCUGGAGCAGAUUCCUCCCGUUCUUGGACAGGUGCGGGACGGAGUGUCUGAGUUCACGCCACCUCCUGCUGAGACCAGAAAGCUCAUCGCCGCCUCCUAUGCUGUUUCCCGGAAUCUUCUGAUUAAAUUCUCAGUGGACACUCUAGACGAGACGGAUCAGCUGGAGCCGAUUCUCACGGGGCGCAUGGAGGAGAUUGGCGGCUCCAUCUCAACUCUUCUUCUGGAGGGAACUCACGCCACUCCAUUGGCUCCGGACGUCUCGUGGACUGUUCAAGGUGCGUACUCGCCAGUGGAUGCUAUUGCCCAGGGAGUCAAGUCAAAUGCUUUGUUGGACAUCCGAAAGCUAGCUCAAGAAGUCUUGGCAUGGCUAGAUGACUUGUAAAUACAUCAUUAGGACGCUGAUAACACUGCUCAAAUGUCUAAGGCGAAAUGAUAACAAUUUAACAAAGUCGAAAUUGUUAC